UAUGAGCUAGUCAGAAAGACAGGUACAGAUGGUACAAAUGUACUGAUGGAAUGAUUUACAAAGUAAUUGGCUUGAGCGUAUCUGUCAGUGAUGGUGUUCAGAACGUUGUGUGUGCUGUUUCUAUUCCUUGCCAAAGGCUGUCAUUCACAGCUAAACGUCUGUGGCAUAGCUUCUCUGAACACCAGGAUCGUAGGAGGACAGAAUGCUGUUCAGGGGUCCUGGCCUUGGCAAGUCAGCUUUCAAGUGUCAGGCCGCCAUUUCUGUGGUGGAUCCCUUAUCAGUAGCGGCUGGGUCCUUUCGGCAGCUCACUGCUUUAAAAGUUACACCGGAGUGACUGUGAAACUCGGGAUGUAUGCUCUGUCUGAAAGCAACCCAAACAGUGUGUCGAGCUCCAUCUCUAUGGUCUACAUACAUCCCAACUACAGCAGUACUACUAGUGACAAUGACGUCGCCCUGUUGAAGCUGUCUUCUUCUGUAACUUUCACAACUUAUGUCACUCCAGUCUGCCUGGCUGCAGCAGGGAGCACUUUAUUCACUAACCUCCAGACGUGGGUCACUGGCUGGGGAAAUAUCAAAACUGGAGUCAGUCUACCCUCUCCUGGGACACUACAGGAAGUUCAAGUCCCAAUUAUUGGAAACAGGAAGUGUAACUGUUUAUAUGGAGUUGGAACUAUCACUGACAACAUGGUGUGUGCUGGGUUACUGCAAGGGGGCAAGGACUCAUGCCAGGGUGACUCCGGAGGUCCAUUGGUCGUCAAACAGGGCUCUAAGUGGGUCCAGGCUGGCAUUGUGAGCUUCGGUGAAGAGUGCGCUUUAGCAAACUUUCCCGGUGUGUAUUCGAGAGUUUCUCGGUAUCAAGGUUGGAUCAACCAAGUCACCACCAAUCAGCCUGGCUUUCUGACAUUUACAUCCAGUGGCACUGACAGUGAUCUCCAGGUGACCUGCACUGGCCUGCCACCUGUUACUACGGCAGCUCCUACAUUAGCACCUGUGGUGUGUGGAAGUGCUAAUCUCAAUAAUAUUCCCAGCACAAACAGUCCUUUGGCAUCAGCCGGUGCAUGGCCAUGGAUGGCCAGCCUGCAGCUUAACGGUACUCAUGUUUGUGGCGGAACGCUGAUAGCCCAGCAGUUUGUCAUGAGCUCAGCUGAUUGCUUCUCUAGGUCGAGCCAACCCUCUGACUGGACCGUGAAACUGGGUCGACUCAAUCAGAAUGGCUCCAACCCCAACGAAGUAAAUGUCUCCGUGGCUAAUAUCACAUUCAGCAAUAGUAGCAGCAAUAACAUAGCAGUGCUCAUGUUGUCUACCACACCGACCCUUUCCAACUUCAUCCAGCCUAUAUGUGUGGACCUAGGGAACAGCAACUUUAACAUUGGCACUCAGUGCUGGACAGCUGGCUGGGGCUCAGGAGGAGGAGUUCAACAAACACUUCAGCAGUUCAACACGACUAUAGUGAGCUGUGGAAAUACAUCUUCAUCAAACAGCAUCUGCAUCAACGCCAUACAGUUAGAACAGACUCAUACCGGAGGUCCUCUAAUGUGCAUGAGUGGGCAAUCUUGGGUGCAGAUUGCUGUUUUAACCUUCACCAACAACAACUUGAACAGCACCACUAAUUCUACCACCAGCUCCAACAGCACCACUAAUUCUACCACCAGCUCCAACAGCACCACUAAUUCUACCACCAGCUCCAACAGCACCACUAAUUCUACCACCAGCUCCAACAGCACCACUAAUUCUACCACCAGCUCCAACAGCACCACUAAUUCUACCACCAGCUCCAACAGCACCACUAAUUCUACCACCAGCUCCAACAGCACCACUAAUUCUACCACCAGCUCCAACAGCACCACUAAUUCUACCACCAGCUCCAACAGCACUACUGGCUCCACAAAAUCAUUGUCACCACGUGCCUCAGGUAUACAAACCUUCACUAAGCUAUCCACUUUUUCAUCUUUCUUGGAGGCUACAGUGAAAUCCUUCCCUCCAUCCUCAGUAUCCAGCAACUUAAUUUCCACAACUUCUGGCUCUAAAUCUCUGCCACUUCAUUCAAUUACCUCAGUCCUUCUACUGUCCCUUAUUGCACUCAUCCAAACCUUUGGUUUGGAAUAAGUGUCUCUAAUAAGCUAAUAUACGGGAAAUGGUACCAUUUAUAAGGAGAAAAGUACAUGAUAUCUCUACUGAUUCAUCUUUCACGUUUACAAUUUUUGUUGUUGUUGUUGCACUUUUUACCUGACUGGGAGGUUACCAUCCAGAUCUGGAAUACAUAUAGCUAAUUUUUGAGCAUUUUGAUUAUGUAGGCUAAAUUCUAUUUAAAACAAAGCAGCAUGUCAACCUACAAGAAAACAAAACUAGUUUUAUGGUUAUAAUUUGUUGAAUAGUAAGGAGUUGAAGACUAGAUAAUAAAUCAAAUCUAGUUCCAUUCCAUAUACACACGAGUGUAGGCCUCUGUGUGCUCGUGUGUAUAUAGAAAAGAACAGAUAAUACUCUAAGCAUGUUUAGCAUUCCUACACAUUGUGUAGGGCAAAAUGCUAGUUUACUAUUUCAUAUUAUUUUGCUAAAUUCUGUUGGACAGUUAAAGUGGUGCAUUGGUUUAGAUUAAAAUGCCAGACAAUGCUGUACAGUGUAGGAGAGAAUUCUAUACAAUUGGGAAAUUUCAGAUCUUAAUAUCACCAAACUGCCUACAGUCUGGUUUUUAACCCUCAAAUGCUCAGCUUUAUCCUGCCUCAACUGUAAGUCACUUUAAAAUAAGUAAUCAGGUAAAUGUGUCAUUAUAUUUUUAUUUAAAAUUUAUUUUCUGUAUGUUACUGGAAACAUAAAGUGAUGUAAAAUAAAGUACAGUAAAGAUACAGUACAAUAUAUUUAAUAUGUAUUACAAUUAUCUAAUGUGAACUUUAUAGUGCUGAAAGUACAGGCCAGUAAAUUACUGUACAUUUUUAUUUAAUUUCAUUUUUAUUUUUUUUUUAUUUUUUAUGAUCUGUCAGUGGAAUAGAGCUUAAGUUGUCGGGUAUAAACUGGCAGUGAUUAUACUUUGGGAAAUAUCGGUCAAAACACAAAUAAAUAAAUCAGCGAAGUAAAAGAAAAAAACAACUAGGCAGCAUAGUUAAAGUAUUUAAAGUUUAGUUGAUCAUUUUUUUACUUUAAUAUGUCAUACAAUUAGGAGUCAUUUACUCAUCUAAAUUAGUAAAGAUUGAUUGUGGAGCUGUGUGAGAAAAGAAAAGAAAAGAUAGCUUCAGCUUCAGAGUUGAUGAAUAGUAGAGAGUUGAAGAUUAAAAACUUCAGAAACUUUAUCUCUAAUAGGAAAAGAGACAGAAAUAGUACCAAAAGUUCCCUAAUGUGAUAUAUUAAUAGUGCAAAAUCAAUAGCAGGCUGCGUUAGAAGAUUUUAAGUUAGGGUUGUUGUUGUUUUGUUUUUCCGAGCUUUGCUCAUAUUCUGCAAGCAUUAUUGUUUCAUUUAUUAUUUUUUAAAAGUUGAGUACAUGUUGAAUGUAACUAUGAAACUAUAACUAUUCUGCUACUAUAGGUUUAAUAGUUUUUCUCUUACUUUGGAAAGUUUCCUAUAAUAUGUGGUACAUAAAAAAAAGGUUUGUUGGGUUGUGUGUCAUAUUAUAGGUUUCCUUUAAAGUUUUAUUUAUUUUUUACAUAAAGAAAAAUCAGUGCACAGAAAGGAUUUGUGUAUUGUAAUGUAAAGAAAUUGAGCAUAAGGUUAAAUAAAAAAAAUGACCUUCAUGCACACAUUAUUAAUCACUGUU